GUCAGUGAAGAACUAUCGCGUGCUUCUGCGAUUUUAGAUAUUAGAGAAAAUCAUAUUUAAUAAAAUAAAAAACAAUAUGAAGAUUUAUACCAAUGAAGGAAACCCCUUUGGAUUUAAAUUGCAAUUGCUGGCAAAAUUUGCAAACCGGCCUGUGGAAGUGACUAAAGUCACAUUAAACGAUACUGUUGGCAAAGAUUUUUUGGUGCUGCCUGCGCUAGUACUAGAAAAUGGUUUGACACUAUUUUCUACCGAUGCAGUGGCCAAGUAUUUAUUUCCAGAUGAAGGUGUCCUUCGAGACGAGUGGUUAGAAUGGUCAACCGUGAAAUUGGCGCCCGCCCUAGCACAGCACCUGGCAGUCGGACAUCGUGCCAAUCCGGAUGCUUUGCCCGUGCUAAAUUUUUUAGUUAGAAAAUUGGACGACCGCUUAGCGGCAUCACCCUUUUUAGUAGGAAAUAAAAUAAGCGCUGCUGAUAUAGCCGUUUGGUCUUUGUUAGCACCCGACGGCACAUUGAAGGGCGCUCAGAAUAUAGAGCACUUGAAGGCGUGGUAUCGUAAACUUUCAGCGCUGCCUGAAGUUCAAGCAGUAUUGGCUGAAACUCCAUUAACCGAACUUACCUUCACAUCGCUGCAACACUCCAAUCGCUACGGUGGUCUAAGCCAAGUUCCCGUACGGUUGCAUACAGAGUCUGAAUCAGAGAAGCUGUUGGCCGAAACAGGUGGUAACUUGGCAGAUACCGUUUCCGAAGAUGAGUUGAAUACUUCACGCAACAGUUUUGUGGAAGUGUCUGUGCCACAGCGUAUUGAACCGCGUACGGUGUUGCCCAAGCAAGGCGAACGCAAUAUUCUAAUAACUUCCGCAUUGCCCUAUGUAAACAAUGUUCCACAUCUGGGCAACAUUAUCGGAUGUGUGCUGUCUGCUGAUAUAUUUGCAAGAUAUUGUCGCGCAGCCGGCUACAAUACUUUGUAUAUCUGUGGUACUGAUGAAUAUGGCACGGCGACAGAGAACAAGGCAAUUGCUGAGAAUCUCACACCAAAACAAAUUUGUGACAAAUACUUUGAUCUCCAUAAUUCCGUAUACCGUUGGUUUGGCAUCGGUUUCGAUUUCUUUGGUCGAACGUCAUCGUCACAGCAAACUGAAAUUGUACAAGAAGCUUUCAAUGAUGUCUACAAGAAUGGCUAUAUUUUUACCGAGAGCGUCGAUCAGCUGUUUUGUGUAAAAUGUGAACGGUUCCUAGCCGAUCGCUUCGUUGAGGGUACAUGCCCUCAUCCUGGUUGUGGAUAUGAAGAUUCGCGUGGCGAUCAAUGCGAUAAGUGUAGCAAACUAGUCAAUGCUACCGAACUGAUCCGUCCACGUUGCAAAGUUUGUAGCAGCGCGCCAAUAGUACGAUCCUCAAACCAACUUUUCCUCGAUUUGCCCAAAAUUGAACCGCAACUACGUGUGUGGAUUGAAGGUUCUGAACCUGGCUGGACGAACAAUGCGCGCGUAAUUGCACGUUCCUGGUUGCGUGAGGGUCUGAAGCCGCGCUGUAUCACACGUGAUCUGAAAUGGGGCAUACCAGUGCCGCUUGCUGGCUUUGACAAGAAAGUAUUCUAUGUGUGGUUUGAUGCUCCAUACGGCUACAUCUCGAUGACCAAACACUAUACAAGCGAAUAUAAACAGUGGUGGAUUCCAUCGAAGGAUGUUAGUGUGGAGCUGUUUCAAUUCAUGGCCAAAGACAAUGUGCCAUUCCACUCCAUUAUAUUCCCCUGCUCGCUUUUGGCAAGCAACAAAGGUCAUACUAUGGUAACCAAUAUUAUGGCGACAGAGUAUUUGAAUUAUGAGGAUGGGAAAUUUAGCAAAAGUCGUGGCAUUGGCGUAUUCGGAAAUGAUGCACAGGAAACUGGUAUACCUGCUGAUAUAUGGCGUUUCUAUCUGGCUUCUGCACGUCCCGAAGGACAAGACUCCAGCUUCAGUUGGAAUGACUUGGCGGCGCGUAACAACUCCGAUUUGCUAAACAAUCUCGGCAAUUUUGUGAAUCGUGCCUUAGUAUUCUGCGAAAAGAACUUCAAUGGCGUCAUACCCGCUAUGACUUUAACCAAAGACGAACUCAUACUAUUGGCGCUCAUUAAUCGUGAAGUACGCGGCUAUGUAAAUUCACUUGAAAAAGCUAAAUUGCGUGAUGGCAUUCGCCAUUUACUUUCCAUUUCCCGCCACGGUAAUGGUUAUAUGCAAGCGCAACAGCCGUGGGUGCUGCUAAAGGGCACCGAUGAACAGAAGAUACGGGCUGCCACCAUCAUUGGCGUUUGCGCCAACAUCGCCGCACUUUUAGGCAAUCUUAUGCUACCCUACAUGCCGACGUUAGCGCGUACACUACUAACGCAACUGAAUGCCAAGCAAACUCCGCUGAAUCCUGAAAAACCUUUUAUCAAUAUUCUUCUUCCUACUGGUCAUAAGAUUGGUAAGCCAGCGCCAUUAUUCACAAAAUUGGAACCAAGCUUCAUUGAAGAGUUGAAAAAGAAAUUCGGUGGUGUGCAAGAUCAAACGAAUGCGACCAACAAUGCGACAACUGCAGCAAAUAAUGCGAACGCGCAGUCUGCCAAGUCGUCUCCGCCUCUUACUAAUGGCACGCAAACAGUUGCUCAGCUUGAAGAAGCCGUGCGUUUGCAGGGCGAGAAAGUGCGUCAGUUGAAGGCGGCAACAAAGGACAAAAGUGUCUGGCAACCGGAAGUUAAUGUGUUGCUGGAUCUCAAGAAACAACUAACCGCUGCCCAAGCGGCCCCACCCGCUAAGUCUGCUCCAUCCGUCAGCGAUGGCAAAGUUAAAGAACUAGAACAGCGUAUUACACAACAAGGCGAAAAGGUACGCCGUUUGAAAGCGGCCGGCGAUGCCAGCGUAUGGAAGCCUGAAGUUGAGGUGCUACUGCAGUUAAAAAAGGAAUUAGCUUCUCUAACUGGCGCCCCACAACCCGCUGCCCAGGGCAAAAGUAAGAAGAAGUAGAAUUUCGGUAUACAAUGGCUUUGAUACUCCAGCAUCACCACGCAAUCGCACGUUAUCUAAAUUUAAAAUUUUUUGAUUUGCUAAGGAUACGCAUCUAAAUGCGUAAUUUGUCUCAUUGCCAAACAAAAGGGCAGACUCUCUCGCUCAUGUUAAACCAUUACAUUUACAGGUAUUUGACUGUAGCCCUUUCUCAAUUACGCUUUUAUCUGAAGGCUAUACAACUCACAUGGUUGCUUUCUUUUGAUAUUGUUAGUUUUAUUACCUAUUAAUUUAUUGAACUGUGUUGGUUAUGUAAGGAACUUAAUGUAAUUAAAUACUGGUCAUUAACAUUGUAUACAAACCACGUCAUUAACAAUAAAAUAUUAUUUAAAUAUUGCAUCGCAA